UAUACAUAAAGUACAUAUACCAACCCCUUUUGCUCGUGUCCGUGUGAUAAUAAGGAGCUUGUGCGCAGGGUGAGCUGUCGCUUGCUAUCUAUAUACAGUAUAAUUAAGGAUUGUGUGUUCAAAGAUACGGUGAGAGAUACUGCUGUGUUGGGUUCCUGGUUGACGGUGGAUGUGUGUCCGGACCCCACAGAGGAGUUAGGAGGAGCCCCCCGGGGCGGUUGGUAAAGGAAGAGGAAUAGGAGAAGAAGAAGAGCUGGGUCCGGGGGCUGCACCCAGACACGCUUCAGCACUGCGACCUGAGGGCAGAUACUGAAAAUGUCAACUGAAGGUCAAAGAGUGGAUGAUAGUCCAAGUACUAGUGGUGGAAGCUCUGAUGGAGACCAGCGUGAAAGUGUUCAAAAUGAACAAGAACGGGAAAAAGUUCAACCCAAGAAGAAGGAAGGGAAAAUAUCCAGCAAAACAGCAGCCAAACUGUCAACUAGUGCCAAAAGAAUUCAGAAAGAACUUGCAGAAAUAACACUGGAUCCUCCUCCAAAUUGCAGCGCUGGCCCCAAAGGAGAUAACAUAUAUGAAUGGAGGUCAACUAUACUAGGCCCGCCUGGAUCUGUAUAUGAAGGCGGAGUUUUCUUCCUUGAUAUCGCAUUUUCUCCAGAUUACCCGUUCAAGCCACCAAAGGUGACAUUUCGGACAAGAAUCUAUCACUGUAAUAUUAACAGCCAGGGCGUGAUCUGUCUUGACAUCCUGAAAGAUAACUGGAGUCCGGCCCUAACUAUUUCUAAAGUUCUCCUAUCCAUCUGCUCACUGCUUACAGACUGCAAUCCUGCUGAUCCUCUGGUCGGAAGCAUCGCCACUCAGUACAUGACCAACAGAGCGGAGCAUGACAGAAUGGCCAGGCAGUGGACCAAGAGAUACGCUACAUAAGAACUGAACACACUGAGCCUGUGCAAGCACAUUCACUAAGUGCAUCAAUAGCCCUUUUCCUUGACUUUUUUUUAUUUUAAAAAAAACAUUUUGUGAAAAAAAAUACUGUAUGUUCUUUUUGUUUUUAUUAAGACUUUAACUUGAAUUUCCCCAAGGAAUACCUGGGAAUUUUAGUUUGUGUGAAUAUGUGAUAGUCUAGAGCUUUGUUUGAAAGCCUUGUAACAAUGUUUUGGUUUUUUUUUGUUUAUUUUCUUUUGGAAGGAGAGUAUAAUUUAAUUUUGGUUGUCUCCUUUCUAUAUAUUUAGAUUUUUUUUUUUGUUAAGAAUUGAUUUUUUUUUGUACUUUAAGUCUUUCAUGGUGGGUGCAUGCUCCAGGGAACAAACUUUUAUAUAACAUUUGAAAUCAAGAAUCACUGUGCAUAACUAGGCUGUGUUUCUCCCCUUUCCCCGCCCCGAGGACUUCCUGAAUGAACAAAAAAAGAAGUGUGUAUUUUGAUCUAUUUAAAAUUGCUUGUAAAUUACUUUAGCGGGAUAUGGAGCAGUUGGUGUACACUUGUGUUAUUAAGCACUCAAUAAAAACACUGCUGAUAUAUAUUUUA